GGUAAACAUGAGAAUCGCAACAUUACACUCCAUCAAGUUAACAACCUACCCAACGAAGUCAUGUAUGACCGACAUAGAUGGCUAGUACAACAGACGUAUAACAGUUAAAUCACAGACCACUCAGGCGGAAUGUGUGCAGGUCAACAUUGAACAUGGGCUGCUUGAGUUCGAAAAUAUUCCCAUCAGACUCUUCUAAUGACAAAGAACCACAUGAAAAGAACCCACGGGUAUUAGUUGGUGAUGUAACUACAAAAAAGGAAAAGAAGGUGGAACGUGAAUUAAAAAUGAAAGAAAAACAGCUUAUUCGCAACUCCAAGGCAGAGGAGAUGUCUGGUAAAAUAAUGGAAGAGAAAGAACGAUUAUCUUUGGGUAUGAGAUCUCGUGGGACCUCUCAGGCCACCUCCAGAGCAGGCUCCCCUACACCUACCUCUCAUAAACAAGUUCAUUUCAGACCAGAUGAGGUGAAAAUGAUGAACAGUUUUAUGGAAAGUAACAGUUCUAAUUCUAAUCGGUUUUCUUCUUUGAGCAAACCUGCCAAGUCUUCAUUGAAAAAUCAAAAUCAGACUAACUUUCACAAAGUGGUUGUGAAUGGAAGUGAAAAUACAGAACCACAACAGAAUAGUUGUUUUAAUACAAACAACAAUGACAAAAUUGGUAAUACAAUCGAAGUGCUGGAAAUGGAAAUUAAAAAGAAUAGUGAAGACAUAGAAAAAUACACUGAAAUAAAACAUGAGAAAGCACAACGAAAUAACAAACUGUCCACAAUUGAGGAGCGAGCAAAUAGUAGAUGUAGUACCAAAUCUGAGGAUACAAAGAAAGGUUAAGUAACAUUUAGUACUGAAUGUGAGGAUACAAAGAAAGGUUAAGUAACAUUUAGUACUGAAUGUAAAGAUACAAAGAAAGGUAAAGUAACAUUUAGUACUGAAUGUGAAGAUACAAAGAAAGGUAAAGUAACAUUUAGUACUGAAUGUGAAGAUACAAAGAAAGGUAAAGUAACAUUUAGUACUGAAUGUGAAGAUACAAAGAAAGGUAAAGUAACAUUUAGUACUGAAUGUGAAGAUACAAAGAAAGGUUAAGUAACAUUUAGUACUGAAUGUGAAGAUACAGAGAAAGGUUAAGUAACAUUUAGUACUGAAUGUAAAGAUACAAGGAAAGGUAAAGUAACAUUUAGUACUGAAUGUAAAGAUACAAAGAAAGGUAAAGUAACAUUUAGUACUGAAUGUGAAGAUACAAAGAAAGGUUAAGUAACAUUUAGUACUGAAUGUGAAGAUACAAAGAAAGGUAAAGUAACAUUUAGUACUGAAUGUGAAGAUACAAAGAAAGGUAAAGUAACAUUAAGUACUGAAUGUGAAGAUACAAAGAAAGGUAAAGUAACAUUUGGUACUGAAUGUGAAGAUACAGAGAAAGGUAAAGUAACAUUUAGUACUGAAUGUAAAGAUACAAAGUAAGGUAAAGUAACAUUUAGUACUGAAUGUGAAGAUACAAAGAAAGGUUAAGUAACAUUUAGUACUGAAUGUGAAGAUACAAAGAAAGGUUAAGUAACAUUUAGUACUGAAUGUGAAGAUACAAAGAAAGGUAAAGUAACAUUUAGUACUGAAUGUGAAGAUAUCAAGAAAGUAAUCAAGAUUUGAAUUUGGUGAAUGUCAAAAAAAGUUAAUGGGUGUCCUCCUUAAGGUCACAACUACAUACAACUAUUUUUUUUCGGAUAACUAACACUCUCUUAGGAGCUUUUAAAGAUUAAUAUUUCAAUAAUGAUUUAGUUACAAAGAGACAAAACAAAGUUGCCUAAAGGGUUGUUUUAUGGAAAAUAUCACUGUAACAAAAUCAAAGUCUCAUGAAUCCUUGGUCUAAGGGCUAUGUUUCAAAUUAUAGAUAGAACCUUAUCAAAAAAAUGAAUCAUACAAAUCAAAUGUUUGUUGUCCUUCAUGUGAUUUAUAUUUGUUUGCCUGAAUAAUGUUAGUUUACCUUUGUAAACGGUUUUUAAUGUUUUGUAUUUAAGCAUGUUUAUAUAAACAGUAUGCUAUGAAAAAGAUAUGGAUUUCAAACAUACAUAUUUGUUUUUGCUCUGAAAUAUGAAACAAAGAGCAACAAAGGCUAUGCAGUCAAACGUAGUACUGUUAUGUUAAAGUUAUAAAGUUGAAAUAUCAAUGUUUGUUUUUAAAUGCUCAUCAAUUUUUUGGGGGGAGGGGGGAUGGUAUUUUGGGAAGAAAAUAAUUAAGACUUGGUUCCAAUUUUUGUAAUGGCAUGACAGUUUGACUAUGAAAAUUGAGACUGAACAAAAAAGAAGUGAAAUAGGUUGAACAUAUUUCAAAAUGUUUUUCUUCAGGGUCAUAAAGCUUAGGUUUGGUUGUAAUUUGUCUGUAUUCUGACAAAUUCCGGCAAUAUAUGUGAUAAAUAUUUAUCAAUUUCAAGGAUUAUUUUGUUCUUAAAUCCAGAGUGAAGCCCUAAUCGCUUCAUUUAUUGCUUUACUUUGUAAUGUCACAACAGGAAGAAUAAACAACUCUGGUGACCAUUAAGGACAAUAGGGAAUUAAAACUACAUGCAUAAAGCUAGUCAUUAAAUCAUUUAUUGUUUGUAUGAGAAGGCAUUUAUAGAAUUUAAAAACUUAUAUCAAAUCCAGAAGGAUUUAAUAAUCAUGACUUUAUUCUGAAAUUUGCGACAAAAUAAUUUUAAAGUUUUCUGAUAAAGGCUUAUGCCGUGGUGCGGCGUCCGUCGUCCAUCCGUCCGACCAAAAGUCCAUCGUCUGCAAGUCCAUUGUUCGUCCGGCAUCUGGCGUCAAUAUUUUACUUUAAACAACUUCUUCUUAAUAACCAAGAGGCCUAGGGUGAUG